AUGUACUUAUAUGUUCUUUUUAUAUGUAAUAUAGUUCUUAUUGACUGUUUUAUAAUAAAUAGUACGAAUGUUUGUGUGCGGGCACACGUGGACAAAAGGGUAUCAAAUAUCGUGAAUAAUGGGAAUAAACGAAUCAAUUUGCAUUCUAAAGAUGAAGAAAAGAAAGAAGAAAAGGAGAAUGAAGUUGAAUUGGAAAAAAAGGAGCAAAAAAGAGUAGAAUCACAGACCUCUGGGGAAGACGAUAACGAAUUGGUCGAAUUUUUUGUAAAUCCAGAUCAGAAGGACGAAGCGCCAGGAAUUAAAUUAAAAAUAUCAAGAAGAUUAUGGAAAAUAAUAAACGGAAUCCUGGCAUAUAGAUCGAAAUACGGAAACUAUAAAAUAGAAAAUAAUUUCGUAUUUAAAAGGGGAGAAGAAGGAUAUUUGUCGAAAUAUAAGCUGGGAAAAAAGCUGAAUAUACUGCUAAAAUUGCUGUAUUUGCAAAAGAGGAAUCACACACUGUACAAAAAAAUUAGAAGAGGACUGAAGAAUAGAAAUAUAGACUUUUUAGACACAGAUUUGAGCGAAGCCCCGAAGCUUUUAUGGCUUCUGGGAUUCCCAGUGAAAACAUACUUCGAGGAGUCAAAGAUAUAUAGAAAAAUGUUAUUUAGAGACGAUGUGAUAUCAAAUAAGAUGAGUAGAAUGGUAAAGAACAGAGAAAUGGGCGGCGGAAAUGAAGACGUGGGUAAGGCGCUGACCCCGGAUGCGAUGGACAGAGUACAGAAGGUGAAGGAAAAUAUACUGGAAAAUAUGCUACAAUUCAAGAAGAUAGUGAAGGAUGCAAUGGUGUUUAGUAAUCCACAGCAGUUGCCGGAGCCAUCGAACGAGGCAGAGUUGGUGCCAGACUUGAUAAGGAAGAUAGUAAAGGAGAUAUUGAGUAGGAACACGGCAACUUGUCCGCUGAUAAAAAGAGACACGCGCUUAGAGACUGAGGGAGGAUACCACUACGCCUUUUUCCACUGGUCGUUCGAACAGGUGGUUCAAGCAUUAGUGAUGUUCAACGAUAUGUAUUUUGACCACAACAAGGAGCUGCUUAUGAGUUCUGAAGAAUCGGGGGAGGAAUUUAAGCCAAUAACAUUUAACAUUCUCAGGAGGAGUUAUAGAAUCCCUGAGACCGAAAAGUGGCCCAAGGAGUUUCACGGAAUGCCGCUGGGCCUGUUCAUAGAUAUGCUCAGAAACGGAGACGUGGACGCGAAGGAGCACUGGCUGCGAAGGCCAGUGCUGGACCGAAUAGGAUUCAACUGGGGAGACGGACUGAAGUACCUGAACUUCACGUGGGACAAGCUCGAGCUGGGACUGCUGUGGUACGUUAACUUCAGAGGGUUCCCGGUGAGCCAAAUACCGCCAGGGCUGAUUAUACCGAGGACAACACUGGCGGCGAAGUUCGGAAAGCCCGAGGAGAUACAGGGAAUGAAGCUGGGAAGACUCUUCUACUUGGCAAUGGACCAGAUCCAGGUGAUAUACAAGUAUUACCCGGAGAGGUUCCAGUUCAUUAAGGACAUGGGACUCGACGUGGUGCUCACCAUGCAGAUGAAGCUGGGCUACAGACCCGUGCCGCACUCGAAGUUCAACAAGGUGGACAGCAGCCUGAUGGUGUCGAAGGACGAGAGGUACCUGUUCGACGAUUUCAACCAGCCGCCGCCGAACAUGAAGAAGGCGGUCACGAACAUACUGGACAUUGAAUAA